GAUCUUUUUACAUAUAUGUAAUUCUGAUUCUUUCUCUGCUUCAUCCAACUAAGUUAUUUCUAUUUACUUAUCAUUUCUACCAUGGCGUUCUGGAAUUUUAAUCUUCUUUUUAUUUUGAUCUCUGCCUUAGGCACAAAUGCUGCAGUUUUUACGUUGCAAAACAAAUGCAACGAAACAGUAUGGCCUGGGAUUCUAACCGGGGCUGGGAAACCUCAACUCCAUAAUGGAGGACUCACUUUGAAACCAGGACAAAUCAUUCGCAUCAAUGCACCAACUGGGUGGUCUGGCCGAUUUUGGGCACGUACAGCCUGCACAUUUGGCCCAACCGGCACGGGAAACUGUACCACUGGUGAUUGUGGCGGUGUUCUAAACUGUGCAGGGGCAGGUGGUGCACCACCAGCAUCACUAGCUGAGUUUACACUUGGCAGCCCAACGGAUUUCUAUGAUGUUAGUCUUGUUGAUGGCUACAACUUGCCAAUCUCUGUAAUCCCUUAUGGCGGUACCGGUGAUAGAUGCAAAGCUGUUAAAUGUGUUUCCGACUUGAAUCGAGAGUGCCCCAAAGAGCUACAACAGGUAGAGAAAGGCAAAGUGGUAGCAUGUAAAAGUGCAUGCAUGGCUUUCAACAAGCCUGAAUUUUGUUGCACUGGUGCUUUUGAUAGCCCUAAUACGUGCAAACCAACCGAAUUCUCCAAAAUAUUCAAGAAAUCUUGUCCGAUGGCUUACAGUUAUGCCUACGAUGAUCUGUCAAGUAUCUUCACCUGCAAUGGAGCUAAUUACUUGAUUAGAUUUUGUUGAAGUUUCUGCAGCGACUUCUAAAAAUAUGUAAAUGCCAAUUGAAUCUGAUAAUUUUAAAUGAAAAAUGUAUUAUAUAAGCAUGUACAUACUAAUGCGGUAUAUAUAUUCAGUACGCAUUG